CUUGUGGAGAGUUCAGUGUUGUGCGCUCUCUCCUCCUGUGUGCGUAAAGCUGGCUCCUCAUCCUCCUGCUCCUCACCCAGCACCUCCUUUCUCCUGCUCAUCCAACACCUCCUUCUCUCCUGCUCCUCAUCCUCCUGCACCUCCUGCUGCUGCUGCGUCCGCGGAGUGAGAUGGACGUCAUCCCGAUGUGCAGCAUCUUCCAGGAGCUCCAAAUCGUGCACGACACCGGAUACUUUUCGGCGUUGCCUUCCCUGGAGGAGUACUGGCAGCAGACCUGCCUGGAGCUGGAGCGGUACCUGCAGAGCGAGCCCUACGUCUCGGCCACCGAGCUGAAGUUCGACAGCCAGGAGGAGCUGUGGAGCAAGCUGAUGCUCGCCUGCGGAGACAAGUCCAAGGACCCGGACCCCCAGAUCUCCUCCAUCAAGGAGGAGGAGGACCCUCAGGACCACCAGCACGCGGACGCCGGCGGCUUCCACUCGGACGCCAGCAGCGAGGCGUCGGACAGCUCCGAGGAGCUCUCCCCGGCUCUCCACUUCUCCUCGGGCUCCUUCACGGACAUUCUGGGCGACGGCGGCGGCGAGGACUUGAGCUCGGCCGCCAUCAGCACGCCGCCGUCCUCACCUGAGCUGGGCAAGGACGGCUCUGCGGCCCAGGUGUGGAGCAGCGGGACGCCGACGGCGCUGCACUCGCCGGGGAAAAUAAGGACAGGGGGGGGCACGGAGAGGGCCGCCGCGGACAGGUCGGGGGGCGUCACCAGCGGGGAGGCGUCGCCCGACGGGAGGAGGCGGGUCCACAGGUGCAACUUCAACGGCUGCAGGAAGGUGUACACCAAGAGCUCGCACCUCAAGGCACACCAGCGCACACACACAGGUGAGAAGCCCUACAGGUGUUCAUGGGAGGGCUGCGAGUGGCGCUUUGCACGGAGCGACGAGCUCACCAGACACUUCAGGAAGCACACCGGAGCCAAGCCGUUCAAAUGCAGCCACUGCGACAGGUGUUUCUCCCGCUCCGACCACCUGGCGCUGCACAUGAAGAGGCACAUCUAAGAUGGCCGCCGUGUGGACGGCUCUGAGGGAGGAUUCUGGUUGGUUGUCCCGACCUGUUGGAGGGACCAGCGAGGCCGCGGUGUCCUGGGAGCGCCAGCAGGGAGCGCCGCCGCGUUCCAGGCGGGGGGGAAAAAACAUAAAGCAACGCAGGCUAUUAUUUGCACCGUACUCAGUGCCUCCGACCCCCCCGCCCGCUGUGGAGAUCGCUCCUGAGAGGCUUCCUGCAGAGGAGGAAAUUCAAAAACAAACCGGGAACUAUCUGGGCUGGAGCCGAUGGGAGGAGCCUCUUCUGUACGGUGUACGACGCUUUUUUCCUGGAGGAUUAUGGGACUCCUGUGGGGGGGGUGGGGGGGGUCGCCGUGCCUCCGAUGACAGUGUGUGUGUUGCCUGAGCGCAUGGGGGACUGAGUGCCUGCGACUGGCUUUACUGGAGCAGAUGGAGCUUUGCAUCGUGGAAACGCGAAUGAAUGAGUGAAUGACCUGCAGGGGGCGAUGUUGUGCUGUUUUUUUUUCUGCGGGGUCGGGGGGGGAUAUCUUGUUGUCUCUCUGAAUGCAAGCGAAAAAAAAUUACGGUUCUGUCGGUGUCCUUUGAGUCUCUGGGCUGUGGAGGCGGGUUGAGAGAGGGCGCCCCCUGUGCGCCCGGAGGUGGAACUACAGCUCCCUAUUCAAAAGUGGGAGGUUGUUUUGUUUUAGUGCAGCUAUUAAAUGUGCAAUGUAUUAAGUCGCCUGUCUCAAACCAUACACGCUAUGAAGCUCAUUUUGUCGUCCAUUGUGUGAGCUCUGUAUCUUUAAAAAAAAAAAAAAUACACAAAAAAACUCUACGGUUGUGCACAAACAGUUAUAACAACAUUAUAACAGACGUUGCAUGGGAUCGGAAUUCCAUUCGAGAGCAGCUACCUUCAUAUUAUGCUAUCGUAGUAUUGUACAAAACACAUAAGGCAGUCGUUUUUUAUUUUUUAAUUUUAUUGAUAAGUUGGGGAUACCACUAUUGCUAUGGCAACUGUCUUGACCACCGGGGGGGGGGGGUUUCGCUCCUUUUCUCUUCACUUUAGCGCUUCUCUCUUUUUCUUUUCUAUCUGUAAAUGCACUGUUGACCUUACUGAUGCCUUAUGUAAGUGGCCUUGUCCUGUUAAAUAGAUCACUCUCUCUCUCUCUCUCUCUCUCACACACACACACAGACACACACACAGCAACAAGGGACUGCUAAUGCAGGGGGUAAUUGUGGUAGUUAUUGAAUAGCUUUAUAACGGCUCUGAUCCACAAAGUUGCCCCCUUGUCUCCAGACAGACUCGUCUAAACUUCCCGGAUAAUAAAACAAAAAAACUAUACAUCAGCUUCACGGUGACAUCUUUACGUUUCUGUGUCGAUCACACGCCAGAGCUGCAGGGUCGUGAUGGUUUACUACCAUGUAGUAUACACGCACUGUAACUCGCUGACAAAGGUACGAAGGAGUCUUGGAAAGAUGUUCUCACUCGGCCAGCAAGGAUGUGACAAAUGGAGAUUUACUCUGAGGAAACCAACACACUGGGGCCACUUGUAUCCUCGUGGUUCAAAGCAAACGUCCUUCAGAGCCAUGACGACAUUCUCAAUCAUGAGUUUAGAUGUUGUGUGUUUUGCCCUCAGGCGGAGUCUUUGUGUCUUUACUCAGUCGUGGUUUAAACAACCCGUGAUCUGACUGAACGGUACCGAAACCAGUCCAACCAGUUCAGCCAAGCUGCUUUUGCAAGAUCUCGGGGGGGUUUCUGUGUUUCUGUGCAGGCGACCUGAGACCAGACUUUAGCAGCAGAUGCAUGUCUGAACCAACUUCACUGUUUUUUGCAUGUUUUAACUUGAGUUUCACGACUUCAACACGCUGGGUUGAUAGAAUUCUCCGAUCUCUCUGGUUUAUUGGAAUCUCUUCCGCUCACAUUUGGACAAAACUUAUGAAACGUUUUACCCCAUUUCUAAAAAAAAUCAGUUUGGAGCCACAGUGUCAGUGUUUUUGUCAAUAAAUAAAAGGUGUGUACUGUAAGGGUACGGCUGAUCUACGUGUUCACACAACUCGACGUCUGUCACUCAGUAGUCACAUCACAGGUAGCCUUGUCCCAACUCUGCAGCUGUACAGGUGAACCUUAAAGAACAAGAGAAAUCCAUGUUUCUUUUUACACUGAGAAAUGUCAAAAAUGCAAAGAUUAUGUACAAUGUAAACUAAGAGAAUUUUGUAUGGAAGCUUCUAUUUUGAAAGGGUAUGGGACCAAAAACAAACAAAGAAAAGGUGUGUUGUUUCUAAACGUGAACCAAUAAAGAAAAGAGGCAGAAGAAUUACUGUAAAAUAGAACUCGCUCCAUUCUCCUUCAUUCGCUUCAUCUUUGGUUUGGAUUCGACUUAUCAAGAGAAAAUGUGCUUUUAUUUUGAAAAGACAUCAAUACACCGGUGGCCUGUCGUCAUUCAAGGAAAAAAAAUAAUAUCAGACGUGAAUUGUUCUGGACACUUGAAUUGUUCUAAUUUUGCAUUCUGGUGCCUGCUGAGAAUUACCUUUUAUCCUUUUGUUAAAAAAAUCUGCCAUGUGAUUUUGUUUCUGAACUUUUCAAAGACGCAGAAUCUUUAUUGGACGAACAUGGAGAUAAAAUGUGAGGCUCUAUUUUUGUUUGUUUUAUGUUAUAACAAGAUUUUUUCAUUUUGAAAUUGUUUUGUAAAAUAGUUUCUGUAUGAAUGUAUUUU